AUGGAACCAGGAAAUGACCAUAGACUAUAUGUGUCUAUAGAGGAUUUAGGUUUCAAUGGUGAAAAUUGCAACAAUAGAGGAAAAUUGAGAAAAAUUAACCACUAUGAUGAUGAUACACAUGUGUUCACAUCAAAGAACCUUGAGACAGAAAGAAAAAGAAGGGAGAAACUCAGUAGCAGACUCUUGAUGCUUCGUUCCUUAGUACCAAACAUCACAAAUAUGAACAAAGCAAGCAUUAUUGAAGAUGCUAUCACUUACAUGCAAAAAUUGCAAAAUGAAGUUAAGAGUCUCACGGAAGAGCUUCAUGAUAUGGGAGGAUCAAAAGAGAAAAAAACUGAGGCAAAAAUAAGCGACUGUGUUGCUCCUGCUGACGAAGAUCAGAUGAAAAAUUGGGGGAUUCAGGAAGAGAUUGAGGUGGCAAAAGUUGAUAAGAAUAAGAUAUGGGUUAAGAUGAUGCUUGUGAACAAGAGAGGAAGGAUUAUGAAACUAAUUGAAGAUUUGAAUGAUUCACGCAUUGAAAUGAUUGACAUUAGUGUUACAACUAUAGAAGAAGCAUAUCUUCUUACAGCAACAUUACAGGGCUUAGAUGGUGAACCACUUGAAGAAUAUCACCUUCCAACUCUUAUCAAGUUCGAUUAG